GAAGACAUUCACAUGUGUCCUUAGCGGCGUGCUUGGGAGUGCAGUGCCGGUCGAGACGCGGCCGGAGCGGUGUGCUGGUUGUGCAAAAUGUUGUCCGUCACCGCGGUGUUGCUUGUGCUCCACUUCGUAGCUGCUGAAAUACCCUCGUACAUCAAGGUGUGUCACCGGAAUGACCCCAACGUGGACAAGUGCAUCAUGAACUCUGUGGAGGAGCUGCGACCGAAGAUCUCAAAGGGUAUCCCCGAGCUGGAGGUGCCGGGCAUCGAGCCGCUGAGCCUGGGCCAGAUCAUCCUGGCGCGCGGGCCGCAGGGCGCCAAGCUCACCGCCGUCGUCAACGACGUCAAGGUCAAGGGACCCAGCAACUUCAUCAUGCAGGAGCUCAAGUCUGAUUUGGAUAAGAAUCGUUUCGACUUCAAGCUGCUGCUGCCGCACCUGGACUUCUCGGGCAAGUACAAGAUGGAUAUCCAGAUUCUGCUGCUGCGGCUGCAAGGAAGAGGCAACAUCUCGGGCUCCUUCAAGGACUACGCGUGCAACGUGACCAUGCGGGGCCACAAGGAGGUGCGGGGAGGGGAGGAGUACCUGACCUUCGAGCCCAUGAAGGUCAAACUCCGGGUGGGGGACUCCUCCAUCAACCUCACCAACCUGUUCGACGGCGAUCCCGUGCUGGGACCCGCCACCAACCGCGUCAUCAACGAGAAUUCACAGGUGUUCAUCGAGGAGAUCAGGCCGGUGCUGGAGAAGAGUCUGGCGGACAUCUUCACCGAGAUGGCCAACAAAAUCACCUCCAAAUUCACCUACAAGGAGCUGUUCCCCUAAUGUGCGGUAUAGGGAUGUACCGAGCGAAUCGAUAUUUGAAACUCGAUUAUGAUGUAUACCGAGAAAUUAAAUCGAUAUACGAUAGUCUAUUACGGGGAGUGCGAACCAAUGACACGCGUGCCAUUACUGGCACGUAACAUAAAAUUUCGAGUAUGCUACUACUCACAAAACUAGUAUCGAAAUAAUUAUUUUACCAACAAUGAAGGUUACCUACCCCUGCAUAGUGAGUAAACGAAAUAAAUGUGCUCCCUCACCUUGAGCAUUCGCUUGUAAUGUAACGUUACAGAGUCAAGCAUUACAAU